AUGAUGUUCUAUCCCAUAGAAUGGAGAUUUGAGGGCAUUGCCACGACCAAGAAUAAAGGUAGGGGUAAAAACAGGUACAGGGGUAAGAGUGAAAAUGACCCUGAAAAAAGCUGGUGUGUAAACAGGAUGAAUAAGUAUAAUUCAGUAAUCAAAAUGUUAGGAAAUGUACGAUUAGAAGCAAUGUGUCUUGGUGGUGUGAAGAGGUUAUGUCUUAUGAACUUAUGUCUUAUGUCUUAUGAGGAAAAUAAUUUGAAUAAAUACCUCAGACAUUAUACUGGUCUGCCAGAUGAUGAGGAUAACAAAGCUGAUGUAAUUUUAAAAUACAAUGCAGAUGAAGGUAUAAAUCUGAAGGCAUGUGGCAAGCUUCCAAAAUAUGCUGAAAUCAAUGAAACAGAUACAUUUGGCACUGGAGAUGAUGAUGAAAUCCAAUUUGAUGAUACUAAAAAUGAUGAUAAAGACCAUGAUGAUAUCUAAAUUGAACUCAAAUGUUUUAUAUUUCAAGUUUUCUAAGGAUUAAAUCCCCAAGGAGAUCUGACUUCCUUCUUUUAAAAGUUAAUCAGACUUUUAUGUAGUUUAGUCAUUUUAUCAUGGCACCCCUUUCCUAA